CAAACUUCUCUUUCGUACGACCAGAAAAAAAACCACAAAACGAAAGUGUAGCAUGUACGUUAUGAAAGUGUCACAUAUAAUAGUAAUUUAUUAGAGCUCUACUAAAAAGUGAAAAAUCCAAAACAGGAAAAAAUAUUUCUCCAAUUCCCCAACCAAUAAGGAAAGCCCCCCAAAACCCUUUCCUCUUACCGACAAAACAAAAUUCCCUGUCCCUUCCAUGUUCUUCUCCCCUUUUCCUCCAAAUUCAACAAAAUCACAUUUUUUUAAUUGAUUUCUUUUUUUCUAUUUUGUGAUUUCUCUCAGUUUUCCCUUUUUUCAAUCCAUGCAUAAAUUUCCAGAAAAACUUGACAUAUAUCUACUUCAAUGGGUGCCUUAACAUGUAACAGAAAACGUGUUGAUGAUUUUUUCACAUCAAAUUACAAGGUUGACCACAUAUCCAACAACAAAAAACCUAGGCUUAUUAACCAAAUUCAAGAACACCCUUUUCCUAGAAAAUCAUCAACAGUUACAAGGAUUUUCAAAUACCCAUCUUAUAUUACUCCUAUAAAAAGAGAAAUUCAUGCUCCUUGUAGACAAUCAAGAUUUGGAAAUAUGGGGAAUUUUCUAGCAAAGAAGUAUGAUAGAGCUAAAAGUAACGCUUUUGAAACUUUGAGGUAUGUGAAAAAAGAUAAAGAGGUGAUCAACAUUGAUGAUGAUGAACAAAUUUUGGAAUAUGGGGUUGUUGAAAAACCGGGUCUUGUUAAUGACUCGGGUCAAAAAUGGAAGGAGAGUGGUGGGGUUGUUGAAAAAACGGGUCUUGAUGAUGGGUCGGGUCAGAAAUGGAAGGAGAGUGAUGGGGUUGGUGCAAAAACGGGUCUUGAUAACGGGUCGGGUCAGAUAUGGAAGGAGAGUGAUGGAGUUGUUGAAAUCUUGGAUAAUUCAUCAGUGUCCAAUGAUGUGAAUUUGAACAAGGUGGAUAAUGCAGAAAAGAUGUUGGAUUCAUUGUCUUUAGGUAGCAAGUUUGGUGAUUCUUCGUCAUCCUAUGUUGCUGUGUAUAAGAAAUUGCUUGGUUCAGCUGAGAAAAGAAAUGAUAAGUUGAAGAGACUGCAGUUUCAGAUAGAGUAUACUGAGAAGCUUCGCGAAACACAUCAAUUGUUGAGGCCUCAAAAGAAAGAAGAACAUGUUAAGGAGGAUGUGAUUACAGAACCCUUUGUACUCCUUACUGAGGAGGAAGAGGCCGAAGUUUCUCGUGCUUUAUCUAAUUCUAACAGGAGGAAGGUUUUGGUAACCCAUGAAAACUCCAAUAUAGACAUUACUGGAGAGAUGUUGCAAUGUUUGAGACCUGGGGCAUGGUUGAAUGAUGAGGUCAUUAAUGUGUAUCUUGAGUUACUAAAAGAGAGAGAAAAAAGGGAGCCCAAAAAGUUCUUGAAGUGUCAUUUCUUUAACACAUUUUUUUACAAGAAGUUAAUCAGUGGCAAAGGAGGCUAUAACUAUCAACCUGUGAAAAGAUGGACAUCCCAAAGGAAGCUGGGGUACUGCCUCUUUGAAUGUGAUAAAAUUUUUGUCCCUAUCCACAAACAAAUACAUUGGUGUUUAGCUGUCAUCAACAAGAAGGACGAAAAGUUCCAAUACUUGGAUUCACUUGGAGGAAGAGAUCAUCAAGUACUGAAAGUGCUGGCUAGGUACUUCGUUGAUGAGGUGAAGGACAAGAGUGGGAAACACAUUGAUGUUAGUUCAUGGAAGCAAGAGUUUGUUGAGGACCUUCCAGAGCAAGAGAAUGGGUAUGACUGCGGCAUGUUCAUGCUCAAGUAUGCUGAUUUCUACAGCAGAGAUAUAGGACUCUGUUUCAAUCAGGAGCACAUGCCAUAUUUUAGGUCGAGGACUGCCAAGGAGAUCUUGAGGUUGAAAGCUGAGUAAAAAGUCUUGAACAUGCUCUUUGCUGCAAUGUCACAUAUCCCGUGUCAGCAAAGGAGUGAAGGACGUAAUUCGUUGAAAUGAUUGAUGCAUUGCUAACAAUUUCCUGAAGGCCUUGUCUGAUUUGUAUAUUUGGUGGUUUUACAUCCUAGCAAGCUAGUUGCUGUCUGAUGAAGGCACGGUUUUUGUAGGUUGAGGUUGAUAGUGCUUUAGUGUUUGUUCUUUAUUUUUCCCUUUCUGUGUAGGUCCUUACAAUUCUCACAUAUAGCAUCCAACUGCUUUUUGAGAAAGCUUAGAAUGAUUUAGGAGUUCCUUACUGAUCACUAAACUUUCUUUACUUGUGAAGAUAGACUGGAAAGAAAGCGCAAAGUUGUAUUCAUGAAACUCUUUCUAUUUUCAUUAAAGAGAAAGUAUCUGUUAUAUAGGGUACGUA